GGCGUUGGCGGCGGCCCCGGCGGAGCGAGCGCGGAGCCGGCGAGCCGGGAGCACAGGCGGCCGCGUCGCGUCCUGGCCCGGCCCGGGCCCGCGCGCCCAGCAUCGUCCGCAGCGCGGGCAUCCGGACCCUCCGGGCGCCCGAGGGGCUCCCGCAGGCGCGGGGGAAGGGGAGGGGGCCUGCGUGCGCCGGCGGGUGCGCUCCAGGGGGCGUCCCGGCGAGGCCCAGAGCGGGCCGGGGGCGGCGGCGGCUGGAGGAGCCCCCCCACCUCCGGUCGGGCGCCCGGCUCGGCCGCCGGCGACGCUAGGCGCUCGCAGGGAUUUGCAACUCGCCGGAUCGAGUCCUCGCCGGCGGGGCCGCUGCUGCUGGGGAAGCUGCUGCUGGUGGCCACAGGCUGGCACCAGGGCCCUGGACUUUAGAAGCCGUUGCUGCCCUCUCUGUCACCUGAAGCGGGGCCCUCUCCCAUCCCACCCUUGCCCCGCCUCCCUGCCCCCACCGGGCCGGCCCUGCCCGCCGCCGGACCCUGGCAUGUCAAGGUCUGGUCCGCGCCUGCCUGCCCAGCCCGCGGAACCCCGGCGGCCCCGCGAGCUAGGAUGAGGGGCCAGGCCGCCGCCCCGGGCCCCGUCUGGAUCCUCGCCCCGCUGCUGCUGCUACUGCUGCUGCUGGGACGCCGCGCGCGGGCGGCCGCCGGAGCAGACGCAGGGCCCGGGCCCGAGCUGUGCGCCACGCUGGUGCAGGGAAAGUUCUUCGGCUACUUCUCGGCGGCCGCCGUGUUCCCGGCCAACGCCUCGCGCUGCUCCUGGACGCUGCGCAACCCGGACCCGCGGCGCUACACUCUCUACAUGAAGGUGGCCAAGGCGCCAGUGCCCUGCAGCGGCCCCGGCCGCGUCCGCACCUACCAGUUCGACUCCUUCCUCGAGUCCACGCGCACCUACCUGGGCGUGGAGAGCUUCGACGAGGUGCUGCGGCUCUGCGACCCCUCCGCACCCCUGGCCUUCCUGCAGGCCAGCAAGCAGUUCCUGCAGAUGCGGCGCCAGCAGCCGCCCCAGGACGACGAACUGCGGCCCCGGGCCGGGCAGCCAGGCCCCAGCGACGACUUCUCCGUGGAGUACCUCGUGGUGGGGAACCGCAACCCCAGCCGUGCCGCCUGCCAGAUGCUGUGCCGCUGGCUGGACGCGUGUCUGGCCGGUAGCCGCAGCUCGCACCCCUGCGGGAUCAUGCAGACCCCCUGCGCCUGCCUGGGUGGUGAGACGGGCGGCCCUGCCACGGGACCCCUGGCCCCCCGCGGGGAUGUCUGCUUGAGAGAUGCGGUGGCUGGUGGCCCUGAAAACUGCCUCACCAGCCUGACCCAGGACCGGGGCGGGCACGGCGUCACAGGCGGCUGGAAGCUGUGGUCCCUGUGGGGCGAAUGCACGCGGGACUGCGGGGGAGGCCUCCAGACGCGGACGCGCACCUGCCUGCCCGCGCCAGGCGUGGAGGGCGGCGGCUGCGAGGGGGUGCUGGAGGAGGGUCGCCAGUGCAACCGCGAGGCCUGCGGCCCCGCUGGGCGUACCAGCUCCCGGAGCCAGUCCCUGCGGUCCACAGAUGCCCGGCGGCGCGAGGAGCUGGGGGACGAGCUGCAGCAGUUUGGGUUCCCAGCCCCCCAGACCGGUGACCCAGCAGCCGAGGAGUGGUCCCCGUGGAGCGUGUGCUCCAGCACCUGCGGCGAGGGCUGGCAGACCCGCACGCGCUUCUGCGUGUCCUCCUCCUACAGCACGCAGUGCAGCGGACCCCUGCGGGAGCAGCGGCUGUGCAACAACUCUGCGGUGUGCCCAGUGCAUGGUGCCUGGGACGAGUGGUCGCCCUGGAGCGUCUGCUCCAGCACCUGUGGCCGUGGCUUUCGGGAUCGCACGCGCACCUGCAGGCCCCCCCAGUUUGGGGGCAACCCCUGUGAGGGCCCUGAGAAGCAAACCAAGUUCUGCAACAUUGCCCUGUGCCCUGGCCGGGCAGUGGAUGGAAACUGGAAUGAGUGGUCGAGCUGGAGCGCCUGCUCCGCCAGCUGCUCCCAGGGCCGACAGCAGCGCACGCGUGAAUGCAACGGGCCUUCCUACGGGGGCGCUGAGUGCCAGGGCCACUGGGUGGAGACCCGAGACUGCUUCCUGCAGCAGUGCCCAGUGGAUGGCAAGUGGCAGGCCUGGGCGUCAUGGGGCAGUUGCAGCGUCACGUGUGGGGCUGGCAGCCAGCGACGGGAGCGUGUCUGCUCCGGGCCCUUCUUCGGGGGAGCAGCCUGCCAGGGCCCCCAGGAUGAGUACCGGCAGUGCGGCACCCAGCGGUGUCCCGAGCCCCAUGAGAUCUGUGACGAGGACAACUUUGGUGCUGUGAUCUGGAAGGAGACCCCAGCGGGAGAGGUGGCUGCUGUCCGGUGUCCCCGCAACGCCACAGGACUCAUCCUGCGACGGUGUGAGCUGGACGAGGAAGGCAUCGCCUACUGGGAGCCCCCCACCUACAUCCGCUGUGUUUCCAUUGACUACAGAAACAUCCAGAUGAUGACCCGGGAGCACCUGGCCAAGGCUCAGCGAGGGCUGCCCGGGGAGGGGGUCUCGGAGGUCAUCCAGACCCUGGUGGAGAUCUCUCAGGACGGGACCAGCUACAGCGGGGACCUGCUGUCCACCAUCGAUGUCCUGAGGAACAUGACAGAGAUUUUCCGGAGAGCGUACUACAGCCCCACCCCUGGGGACGUACAGAACUUUGUCCAGAUCCUUAGCAACCUGCUGGCAGAGGAGAAUCGGGACAAGUGGGAGGAGGCCCAGCUGGCGGGCCCCAACGCCAAGGAGCUGUUCCGGCUGGUGGAGGACUUUGUGGACGUCAUCGGCUUCCGCAUGAAGGACCUGAGGGAUGCAUACCAGGUGACAGACAACCUGGUCCUCAGCAUCCAUAAGCUCCCAGCCAGCGGAGCCACUGACAUCAGCUUCCCCAUGAAGGGCUGGCGGGCCACGGGUGACUGGGCCAAGGUGCCGGAGGACAGGGUCACUGUGUCCAAGAGUGUCUUCUCCACGGGGCUGGCAGAGGCCGAUGAAGCAUCCGUGUUUGUGGUGGGCACCGUGCUCUACAGGAACCUGGGCAGCUUCCUGGCCCUGCAGAGGAACACGACGGUCCUGAAUUCCAAGGUGAUCUCCGUGACCGUAAAACCCCCGCCUCGCUCCCUGCGCACGCCCUUGGAGAUCGAGUUUGCCCACAUGUAUAAUGGCACCACCAACCAGACCUGUAUCCUGUGGGAUGAGACGGAUGUCUCCUGGUGGCUCUAGGAAAUCCUUGCUGUUCCUUGGCUUGUGGUGGCGUCACUCCAGUCUCUGCUGCUGUCUUUUCCUGGCCUUCUGCUUUGUGUAUCUCUGUACUUUCCUCUUCUUGUAAGGACCCCAAUCAUAGAUCUA